GGGGCGGCACGGGGUGGGGGUGGGGGGGCCCGGCGAGCCCGGCAUCCCGCGACGCCCGCCCGCAGCCUGCCGAGCCCCCCGCCAGCCGCCGGGGCUGGAGUCAAGAAGGAAAAACAAUUCUAAUUGAUUUUUUUUUUUUUAGAGAAAAAAAAAAGGGAUUUAAAGGGAGUUUCAGAAGGGGAAGCAAAAGUAAAGGAAAAAGUUUAAAAGUUGGAAGGGAGAGGGGAAAAAAAACUUUAAAAGGAACGAUUUUAAGAGGGAGCGAUUUUUAAUUUUUUUUUUCAAGUGGGGGAAAAAAAUUGAGGGAGGAAAAAAAAAAAAAAGAAAAAAAUAAUUGCGAAGGGCUUGAUCCGGGCGGCGGAGAACAAUAACUCGCCGGGAAAGUUGCUGCGCGGCUCGGGAGGGAGCGGCGGGAGGAAAAUGCCGCAGCUGGGCAGCGGCGGCGGGGACGACCUGGGGGCGACGGACGAGAUGCUGGCCUUCAAGGACGAGGGCGAGCAGGAGGAGAAGAUCCCGGAGAACGCUUUCACGGAACGCGACCUGGCCGACCUCAAAUCCUCGCUGGUGAACGAGUCGGAGGGGAGCGGCAGCCCCGCCGCCGCCGCCGCCGCCGCCGACCCUGAGGCCAUCAGGCGUGUGCAGGAUCCGCAGAGGGUUUAUCAGGAGAAGCUCCCAGACCACAUGGAUGAUGCAGGUAUGAAGCAUCAGGACCCAGGGAUGUAUAAAGGAUCUGCGUACUCUGGCUACCCUUUCCUCAUGCUCUCAGACCCUUAUCUGCCAAAUGGAUCUAUGUCACCUCUGUCCAACAAAGUUCCCGUCGUGCAGCCGUCGCACGGAGUCCACCCGCUCACCCCGCUCAUCCCGUACAGCAACGACCAUUUCAGCCACGGCUCCCAUUCGCCCCACUUGCCCGCCGACAUCAACCAGAAACAAGGAGUGCACCGUCCUUCCCAGACCUCAGACAUCCCCGGUUUCUACCCCCUCCCUCCCGGUGGAGUUGGACAGAUCACGCCGUCGAUGGGAUGGCAGAGCCAGUCUGUCUAUCCGCUCCCGUCAUGUGGAUUUAGACAGCCGUAUUCGUCAGCGCUUUCUGCUGGGGCUUCUUUCUCCAGGUUCACUCACCCGCUGAUGCUGGGCUCCGGCAUGCACACCUCCGGCAUCCCGCACCCCGCCAUCGUGCCCCACUCCGGCAAGCAAGAGAUGGAGCACUAUGACCGGAACAUGAAACCUCAACCAGAACCAAAGAGAGAGAAGGAAGCCAAGAAGCCCACUAUCAAGAAGCCCCUGAACGCUUUCAUGUUGUAUAUGAAAGAAAUGCGGGCGAAAGUCAUUGCCGAAUGCACCCUGAAAGAGAGCGCCGCCAUCAACCAGAUCUUGGGAAGGAGGUGGCACGCGCUGUCCCGGGAGGAGCAGGCCAAGUACUACGAACUGGCUCGCAAGGAACGGCAGCUCCACAUGCAGCUCUACCCCGGCUGGUCUGCCAGAGACAACUACGGGAAAAAGAAGAGACGAACACGGGAAAAGCAGCAAGAUUCCAACUCAGAUCCUGCCUCUCCUAAGAAAUGCAGAGCUCGCUUUGGCCUCAACCAACAAACGGACUGGUGCGGCCCGUGCAGGAGGAAAAAGAAGUGCAUUCGGUACUUACAAGGAGAAGGACGCUGUGCCAGCCCAGUUUCUUCCGAUGGAAGUGCUAUAGACUCCCCUCCCUCUCCUCUGGAUGCACUCCAAUGCAUCUCCUCUGCUUUUCCUUCAGACAAGCUUGCAGCCCCCGCUGACUCCGCACACAGAGAACAGCCCGACCCCUUCCCCGUCUCCGCUCACCUCCAAACCGCCACCUGCUCCUCCAGACUGACCACCAGGUGCUCUUCUGCGCCCGCAGAGUCCCCAGCGUACAGCGUGGCCUCCACGGGGACAUAGUCCCACGCGCCCAGCUGCCUUGGCCGGGACACUGGGCACUUCGCUCUCUCCCGCCUGGUUUCGCUGCCCAUUGAAAAGGACCAGAGGCCCACCCAAAUUCCCCGUCUCACUGCAAAACGUGCAAAGUUAGGCAACAGGAUGGCUUACGGAUGCUGGAAAACUCAUUUGGUUUUUUUUUCUUUUUUGGGGGGAGGGGGUGGUGUUAAAGAUAGAAAAGUGAUUUAAAAAAAAAACAAGAGGUAAAAAAUAAGUACUUUGCCAAAAUUUAAAGUGCUGACGAGUAAACAAGCCUUUUGUCCCUGCCCUGUGCUGCUUUUUCUGUUUGUUUGGGUUUUUUCUUUCUGUAUUUUUUACUGCAUUAUCUUCAAGUAUGGCAGAAAGCAGAGACGAACUCCCCAGCUUGCCGCAGUAGAUGGUAGGUGCUAGCAGCCUAACACUGGCUUCCACUCCCCGCCUUCCGAGCUGCUUUAAAGUAUAGUCACUCACUCACCGAUCUCUCAUAGCCGUUAUACCACGGAGCUGGAAAAGCUGGAAUAGGAGCAAUUUUAAAAGCCCCUCAUGUCUGAAAAUGAGAUGUAGCGAUGCUAGCUUUCUGAUCUGACCGGCUGACAAGAGAAAUGAAAUAUUUAAACCAACGAGGUGAAUUUUUUUAAAACUUCUUGUUUGAGAACAGGAAGAUAUUGUUUACAGGUCACAGGUCGCUGCGCAGACAGGUCCCGCUCCGCGAGUGUACAGCGUGGCAGGGGAAAAGCGAGCGCUAACCGGACAGCGACGGGAGCUUGGCCCGGCCGCUGGGAGGUCUGACGGUCGAUUGCUCGGUGCAGGGUCUCCCUUGCUGUUUGGAAUUGUCCACUGCGGAUGUGGACGGCCAGAAAUCUCCCCAGAUAGGCUGGGCGAAGCCCCAAAAAAUCAGUUUGCUACUGGGGCCUUGACCCACCUCUGCGCGUAGGCAGGGCGGGAGCCCCCGGCCCGGGCAGGGGACGGCGCCGUCCCAACAAGCCGCCUCCUGCUGAGCGGCCGGGGCGGAGGAGAGGUGCGAGCUCUGCCGCGCUCGGCGCUCCCCUUCCCGAGGGCAGUCUGGCAGCAGAUCGGCACACGACCCUGCUCGCCGCGUCAGGCACCCGUCUGCGCGCACCCCCAGCACGGUCAGAACCCUUUUAUUUUUCAUGAUUUGGUGUGUAACUUCCUAAAAAAAAAAAAACAAACAACCACAACUUAUUCUAGCUUUUUCUAAAAGAUCCUCCCUCCACCCCCCUGAUGAUGCCGAACGUUAGCGCAUUCUCUCCAGCUUGAAAACGUUCACCAGUUUCUGGUACUUUAUUUAUAUUUUGAGCUUGAUAAACAAAAAACACUGUGGACAGAUUGUGAUCUCCCUGAACCGAUGCAAAUCCCAAAUUAAUCCAAGUUCUUGAUUUCCUCCAGGUUUACAGACUUCUCACAGAGACCACAAUCUAGUCCAGGGGAAAUAUUUCCUGCUUGAAAGAAAUAUAUUCUAGACUGCUGAAGAGAAAAAUAACACCACACUGAGGGAGAGGGCGGACUAUUUUUUUCUACUUUACAGAAUAGGUUUUAGAGUACUGGAUACAAAUUAUGUAGUAAUAUUAUUGUAGAACUGCAAGAAAUUUAAGAUGACCUUUAUAAUGUACAAAAUAUUUUUAUAUUUUUUUCUUAACGCAAAAACACCCUAAUUUUUUACAUUGGGCUGAACGUAACUUUUUAAACAAGUUUAUGCCUCAAAGAUUGAAAAUUAAAAAAAAAAAAAAACCAAACCUGAGUAGUCUGUAGAGCAGCUUUGGGUUUAUUCCCUUUAUUUAGGUACUUUUGCUUAUAGUAGCGUAGAUUUUUUUAAUUCCAGUUUUAGUUUAGAAGAUCUAAACCAAUCGCUUUAUUCCUCUCCUGUGUAAAUGUAACUUCAGAAGCACUGAAUGAAAGCUACGUGCACAAACCUGAAAAGUUUGAAAAAGAGUCAUUUUUAAAGUUUGACAGCAUCGUUUUAACCCUUAGAGAAGUAGCAUUACCUGAACCGACUGCCGUACUUAGUCACGUACGUACUGCACUCAGAGGGUUAACUAUAUAGCACUAGAUCAAUGUGCAACCUGCUCGUUUUUAAAUUAUUUUAGCAAGCUUAGGCAACAGCAUGCUCCAGUGCUGAACAGAGGAACUCAGCAGACUCUUCCCAGGUCUGACAGCCUCUUUUUAUCACUUGAUUUAAAAAAAAAGAGGCUUACAAAAAAAAAAAAAAUAGCUGUCUCAGCUCACCGUUUGUCACUCUGAGACCCUCUGAUGUAAGGCGCUGUAGAAGCGCCAGCUACUGUAAACGCCACAGGUGGCAAAUCAGCCACAGCAGCCCGGUGUAACUCGGCACUGGGGGUAAAGCUGGCACAGCUUAAUACCCAACUGGUAUUUUGUGGUUGGAUGAAACAUGUAACUUAGCAGCAAAGCAAAGGCGGGUAUAAACGAAGCAGCAGAUGUGUCUAAAUAACACCAGAGGAAAUUCAGGGGAAAGUCCUGAACAGUAUUAAACUGCGCGUCCUGCCCAAGGACCAAACGGCACGAGCGGACGCAGACCAGCCAUCACUCAUUUCAGAACUCACCGGGGCUUUCACCCAUUUAUUUCAAGGCUACUUCAGCCCCUCCAGUGUUGUGGAUGCCUGCCUUGGUUCAGGGCACGCUGACGGGCAAAAGGCCCAUCUGUGUCACAGCAUCCUCUCACCAUUAUUCCAUCCGACUCCUGCAAAAGCUGCGCACUGGAACCCACCGCCCCCCUCUCCGGGAGCCCUUCCUCGUGCGCUCGCGGCUCAGGAGCAGUUCCACAGCCAGGCAGCUGGAGCAGGUACACCCGUUCUCCAACGCAGCACUGGUCUGACCCUCCGCUCUGCUCUAUACGUACCGGUGUAGCCAGACCUUACCCUGGGCUUUCAGCUACCACAGUGUAAACUCAGACUAUCCGCCUGGUGUACUGUAACACGGUCAGUUUAUACUGGUGUAGCUGAGAAAAAUUUAACCUUUUUUUCCUCCCAAAACACACCAAUAAGAGAAGUUUAAGCUGCCCCUUUCCAAGACAAAACAGCAAGCAUGACCAGCUCUCGUUACAUGCCCCACGGCUGAUAACCAAUGCCAAAACAAAGUUACUUUUAUUAAUACCAAAAAAAAGCGUCUUUAGAAAUCCUAUAUGAAGUGUUACUAUUCUGUGUUAAUACUCUUUUUUUAAUAGAAGGAAAACUUUGCCCGUAACUUUUUAUUGCAACAAGAAUUUUUUUUUUUUUAGUUCUUUUACAGCAAUUUCAACUCUUCCAGAAAUACGUAUUUGAAUUCCUGAAAUCAGUUUGAAUGUAGAAGUCAUGGAAAUACCACUUCAUUAAACCAAGUAAAACCACUGUAUGUAUGUAGCAGGGAUAAAUGUUUUGCAGCUGUACUUUCAUUUGUCCAAUGACUAUCCAUCAUUUGUUGUAAUUUUUUUUACUUCACUGAGUUUGUAUUUUUUUGGCUUUUAUGUUCAAAGUAUGUUUAUAGCUUUAUAAAUAAAGUAAUUGCCAGACUGGCUCUUCAAAAUAG